ACAAUGCUACUGCUUAGCCUAACCCUCAGCCUGUUCUUUCUCGGCUCCUCCUGGGGCUGUGGCGUUCCUGCCAUCAGGCCAGCCCUGAACUACAAUCAAAGGAUCGUCAAUGGAGAGGAUGCUGUGCCAGGCUCCUGGCCCUGGCAGGUGUCCCUGCAGGACAGCAACGGCUUCCACUUCUGUGGUGGUUCUCUUGUUAGCCAGUCCUGGGUAGUCACUGCUGCCCACUGCAACGUCAGUCCUGGCCGCCACUUUGUUGUCUUGGGAGAAUAUGACCGAUCGUCCAACGCUGAGCCGGUGCAAGUGCUGUCCAUCUCAAAGGCCAUUACAUACCCCAGCUGGAACCCCACCACUAUGAACAAUGACCUGACACUUCUAAAACUCGCCUCGCCAGCCCGGUACACUGCAUCUGUCUCACCAGUCUGCCUGGCUUCCUCAAAUGAGGCAUUGCCUGCAGGCCUCACCUGUGUCACCAGCGGCUGGGGCCGAAUCAGUGGUGUGGGCAAUGUGACACCAGCACGUCUUCAGCAGGUAGUUCUGCCGCUGGUCACCGUUAAUCAGUGUCGGCAGUACUGGGGCUCCAGUAUCACCGACGCCAUGAUCUGUGCAGGUGGCUCAGGUGCCUCUUCAUGCCAAGGUGACUCAGGAGGCCCGCUUGUCUGCCAGAAGGGAAACACAUGGGUGCUCAUUGGUGUUGUCUCCUGGGGCACCAAUAACUGUAAUGUGCAAGCACCAGCUGUAUACACUCGGGUUAGCAAGUUCAGCUCUUGGAUCAACCAGGUCAUGGCCUACAACUGA